CCGAAUUAGGUGGUGCUGCUGUCUCUUCUAUUGAUGCACUAAUGCUCGACUGGCACCACCGUGUCCGCCUCCAGCCCUCACACAUAUUCAAUCAACUGCAGCAAAGACCACCUGAGCAUUACUCCACUACUCAAUCUCAUCCUAUCUCUAUUCAAACUGGUUGCAGCAAUUCCACUUACGCAAGUAACAUCGGCAAUACUAGUGGCGUUAGUUGUAGUAGUAGUGGAACUGGCUACAUCUCGUUUGGUGAUUCAUCUGCUGCCUCUACUGCAUCCUUGACUAUAUCUGAUUCCAACCACUUCUCAGCCUCGAGCAUAGGCUGGUUGCGUGUACUUGCCACAUGCCUAUCUGCAGGACUGCAUUUAGCUUACUUAGGUGUGGGGCCGACAGCCCGCUUGGCUCAUGAGCGCCUCUUAGAGACCGUUCUUUCUGAAACUGCAUUUAUGGCUGCCUGUCUGGCUAAUUGCUUAUACUGCCUGCUCUCGAGGGCACGCCAACUGUCCGCUGGUUCUUUCUAUUCUGGACAGAUUUCUUCUAAAACUCUAACCACAGCAACUUUUUCGCCCGCUGUUUCUAGUUCCUGUCUUCAUAAAGGCGAGUUGUCUGAUAUGACCAAAGAUGUUAUUGGAUUCAAUGAAGGCUCUAACGAAAUGUAUAAAGAUGAGGAUAACGCCGAGGGUAUCUCUAGUGGCGAUAAGGAUGCUGAGGGCACUGAUGGUGGUAGGAAUAGUUAUGAUCGUUCUAAUGAUGUCUUAUCACAAAAGGUACCCUCUCAAUUCAGGCAAUGUCGCGAUGCAGCAAUGGAAGCCGUAUUUUUGGCCGGCGAUGUCUGCCUGACAUAUCCCAUUCAGGUUUGUGAUAUGCAACCGGAAGUAAAUACUCCCGAUGUUUCUCCAGAAGGGCCGCCGCGGGAGACCAUGCUUUUCCUUCUUCCAGAAGUUCGCAUGACUGGUAUGCUUCUCAUUACUCCAUCCUCCAAUUUCGAUGAAUUUCUGAUUGCCCCAAUCACAUUGCACAUGACACGUCAAUGGCUUUUCCGAAGUAGGAUUGGUACCGCGGAAAUCGGUGCCUGCAUAUCUUAUGUUGGAUUAUUCUCCAUUUUUGAUCCAAUUAUUUGUGAAAGCGAGCAAUAUAGAUGCCAUAGUUUUGGCAUAAAACUUUCAAUGUUUAUCUGUUACUGUUCAAUCACUCUCCUCGAUAUUGCCCUAGGAGCCCUAUUACCAAGUAUAUAUCCUCUUCUUUUCACGUUUUUUGCUGCCCGUAACAAUCUCCGAGACUCUUCUUAUCUACGUUGUUGCCGACGUCUACAUCAGAAAACUGACAUAGCACUUUAUGUCUAUCUAGAAGUUGAUGACCAAGCAAGUUCCGCUGCCAAAAAGAUGGAAAUCAUUUGGCGAACUUUCCAAGUUCUCACAAAUACCAUUAAAUCUCGUAUUGGUCAGCCCAUUCACGGUAAUGGUCUCGCCAAUAGCUCCCCCUCUCCAGAAUUAUCUUCUCAGCCACUUCGACUAUCUAGACCGCAGUCUUUCACUCUGCGUUUUGAUCUCGCUUCUCGUCGGCGUGCCCACAGUUACUCGAUGGGUGCACACCACAACUCGGAUCAAUCCAACAGUUGGGACUUCAAUUUCAGAAGAUCAGUUAGAAUUUGCAAUAAAAUGUCUUCUAUUUGUCCGCAAAACUCUAAUCUUACGAUCUCCGCAGCUCCCCCAGUCUCUGCGUCUGUGUCUGCUGAGAUCGAUGGCCGCUCCAACGCCUAUGGUUCCGUAGAUUACUUGCUGAGCAUUGAUCGCCUUCUACCACUGAUCCAUUUGGUCGUGAUUCGUGCCGGUGUAGCCGAAUUGGGCGCUGAACUUGACUUCAUUGAAACCCUUCUACCCGAUCGUCUGCGCACGAAUAGCCUUUUUGCUUACUUGCUUACUACAGUGCGCGCAUGUUAUUCCCAAAUCAUUCUUGAAGGUCUCAAAGAAAUCAGCCAUCAAUCCAUUUGA